UGCUAGUGUAUCCAACAGCACAAACUGACGGCGUGCACUCCAUCAAUAUUUAAUGGUUUUCUUUUUCUAGAUACAGAUUAUGGAGAAAGCGGAAGGAAGAAAUCAAACACCCAUCGUGAAAUUCAUCCUUUUAGGAUUUGGGAAUGUCCCUGAGCUGCAGCCCCUUCUCUUCCUCGUGUUUCUAGUGAUCUUCAUUGUGACUGUGGCAGGGAACAUCCUCAUUAUUGCGCUAGUUGUGACUGAUCAGCACCUUCACAUCCCCAUGUACUUCUUCCUGGGGAACUUGUCCUGCCUGGAGAUCUGCUACACCUCAACCAUCCUGCCCAGGCUGCUGGCCAGUCUCCUGACUGGGGACAGAUCCAUUUCUGUUAAGGGCUGCAUUCUGCAAUUAUACUUAUUUGGUGUCAUGUCAACUACAGAAUGUCUGCUGCUCAUGGCAAUGUCUUAUGAUCGGUAUGUAGCGAUAUGCAAUCCACUCCGUUAUGAUGCUCUGAUGAAUGGCAAGAUUUGUUGCCAACUGGUGGCAGGGUCCUGGAUAAGUAGCUUUGUGGGCUGCGCCAUAGUAGAUAUUUUCUUUUUCCGAUUAACGUUCUGUAAUUCCAAAGAAAUUGAUCAUUUCUUUUGUGAUUUUUCACCCAUGAUUAAGCUGUCCUGUGAUGACACCCAGACUCUUCAACUGGUAACAUUUACUAUCUCUGCCAUAGGGACAAUUGUGCCCUGUCUACUGACCCUGACAUCCUACAUUUGUAUCAUCGCCACCAUCCUGAGAAUCCCUUCCACCACAGGGAGGCAAAAGGCCUUUUCCACCUGCUCCUCUCACCUCAUUGUGGUUAUAGUUUACUAUGGGACACUGAUUACUGUCUAUGUGGCUCCAACAGCUAACACUCCCAAGAUCCUACACAAACUCUUCUCUGUCUUCUACACAGUCCUGACUCCCAUGAUCAAUCCUGUCAUCUACAGCCUGAGAAACAAAGAGGUCAAUGAGUCCCUGAGAAAAGCUAUUCUUAAACUAGUUGCUUUCAGAAAAGGCAUAGAACCUUAAAGGACAAAUUUUAGCAUAUAGUAAAAUAGAGAUGAACUGAUACAGUUUUUUAGACAUGGCCCAUCUGAGUCCUUGAGAACAGGGUUACCCCUUAUUGACCUGACUUCAUCUUUCUUUCUUUCUUUCUUUCUUUCUUGCUUUCUUGCUUUCUUUCUUUCUUUCUUUCUGUUACUCUGCUACUUUUUGAGGAUUUAUCUUUCAUACAUUUAUUAGACAUUUCUUUAUAUAAAAGUUGAUACUGUAAGAGACAUUCUUUAUGAAAAGUGUACUUGUAUACAUCCACAUGAAGUGGAUGCAAGUCUGUUAUUGAGUGUCCAGGGAUGAAUUUUACAAUGGCUGUUUGAUUUCUUCCUGCAACUUUCUCCAUAAUAUGUAUCUAGAAAUAGAAAACCAUUAAAUAUUGAUGGAAGACAUGCAGUCAGGUUGUGCUGUUGGUUACACUGUUGGAAACCUGUACACUGGUGGAAACCUGUGACCACAUACCACUUCAUCUUUCCACUGGAAAAAUGAAGUUGUCGAUAAACAGAGGAAGACUCAUAUAAUUAAGAGGUUGAACUUCCAAUUUAGAUGAACCAAGAGUAUGGAACCCUACUGAAUUACAGAAAUGUCCCGUCUAACUCCCUUAAGCUCUCUAGAACCCUAAAUAAAGACUUUGGGGCUGGGUUUUGAAAUAUCUUUAUCCUAUCAGUGUCAGAUCAACAAAUCUAGAAGACAUAACAAAAA